UCAAGCGGUUCGAUGGCAACUUUGGAGGGAGCUUAGCGCAGGGGGCCAGUAGUGAAGUCAGUGGUAGGCAUUUUGGAAAUCUCCAACACGUUUGAUCAUUUCCAUUCCGAACUCGACGCGCAACGGAAGCAUUUCGCCAAGACGGCUUGCGCCAAACGCCAUCGAUCGACCCGCGAGGCUUCGUCCGAGUGAAAUACGACUACGCGCGAUCGACGGACAGAACGCAGGAAAAGAGGGAUAAUGCGCCGUAUUUGAUCCCGUGGGGCUUAAGCGUGAUCCGGUUCAAACGAUCCAUAAUUUUGAUCCGUAACGGAAUUGUUCCGACCCACGUAAAGCAGUGUCUGUCAGAAGGUGGCAAAAAGUGAAUAAUUGCCGCGCAGCUAUCGAGAACAUGCGCAAACGGACGCCAAUCUACCGAGCGCAAAGUCCAGAGUGAUUAUGUUUAAGUGGUGAUCGAGGAAUUGUUUUCCUAUUUUGAGAAAGAAAAACAGAGCAACGUUCCUCAUUAGUGGAAGCGAUUAUUAUCAACAAGUGUUCACCCGGUUGUGUUGUUGCCGCCUUAGGAAUCGAAUCCAAAAUACAGAUAAUUAUGAAAUUCCCAAACGCACCGAUCCCGUUGAUCCGGUGGGGAUUGCUACUGGAACUGGUGCUGCUGCUAGUGUUCAUCAGUCAUACGGCGGAAGCGGAAUCUUGCCCGGAAAUAAGUCGUCCUCACGCAACCCGCUGCGAUCAGUACUUUCGCUGCGUGCUGUUGCCCUCGAAGACCCACGUCUGGGUGCCGACCCAGUGCGACAAAGGGCUAAUCUAUGAACCACAGCUUAAGACCUGUGUUUUGCCUGGUGACGAUUGGGAGUGCGAUCUGUCGACCGAAGUCGGUAGCGAAAGUGGCGAAAACGUCUACGGUAUCAACAAUCUGCCAGCGGCAAUCUAUACCGGACCAACAUCAAAUCCAAUAAAAGCCACAUCAGCACUGGAUGAUGAGGAUCAACCGGAAAUAGCAACCGAUCGCCAGGCACCAAGCGUCGUUCGAGGCGGACCCAGUGAGAGUUAUUAUCUAGUGUUGGAACGCGAUGGAAACAACCGAACGAUGACGACUUCGACAGCGACGACAUACCAAGACGAAGACGCCGAAUACAGUGGAGACGGACAAAUCGCGGUGGAUGCAGAGCUCACCACUGUUACCAAUUCCGAUCGCUUCACUGGCAAACAAGUUAUUUCCGCUAAAUCUGACGACAGUGCGGAGCUGUCGAGGACUGAGCUAGAUGCAUUUCUUGCUGAUUAUACUUUGAAAUCGAUAAGUGGGGAGAUUACAACCCCAAUUGCACAGACGACGUUGAAGCAUCCACUACCAGCGGAUGGUAAAAUUCAUCCGGACCAUCUUAAGACAAUUUUGAACCAACAGAAGAAGUUGAACAACUAUGCGACUCGCGUGAAACAGAAAGAAGACCCUACAGGUGGUGUUGGAGAUAAGUCACCCUUUGAAAAUCAACCAGUUUUCACGAGUCGACCGGAAGGAUCGGUUCUGUUCAAUGUACCCCCAAGACUGCCUCAACAGCAAGAAUCGAAUACCAAAGCACCGUUGAUGUCGGAGGACGUCAUUCGAAGUAUAAUUGAGAUUUCAAAACAAAUGAUGACCAACCAAAGGCCUCCGCUGCAAGAAAUGUAUGUUAAGCCGAUCUUCGUACCGAUAUCAUUCGCAUCACCAACUCAAGACUACUCAAGGAUACCGACUAGAACAAACCAGUACAUGCUCCAGCAGGUGUUUCCAUCGCUUUCCAACAUGACCAGUCAAUUUAGUUCCAAACCGAUUGGUCUUACGAUAACAAACCCUUACACCUUAGGUCAAGCCACGAUUUACGACAAUACGCGCGACCAGAUGAUGAACGAUGCGCAAUACUACGGCUACCAAACGACGCUCGUUGAUUCGUACGGCAAUCGCUAUCCGACGAAGUCCGUAGUUCCGAAUAUAUCGCCAAUGUAUUCCUACCCACCUUCGCCUCCGAUGGUCUAUCCGGUGUUCAAUCAAAAUUACCAGUACCAGAACUCCGACUACGAUUCCGACACCAUCAUGAACCGUCUACGCAAUACUGAACCAUACUACAAUGACGAUUCAUCGUCAAACGAGGAGAAUGCGCUCUCAAGCGAAGAUGACGAGGAUUCUUCGGAAGCAAACGAAUCGGAAAGCAUCCCUUCGAGGGAAACUACUAGCAACACUAAGAACAGUGAGGAAGAUUACGACAAUAUGGAGAUGAAGAAGGUCUUCUCCGUCGGAGAUGCUACACUCAACUACAAAGACUACAAAGAUAGCAUCCUUCCUCUGCUGGAUGCCAACCCCCAAGACGUUCGCAUCUCUGUACUCACUUGUACGUUGGGAUCUCGGCAACCGAAUAAAACUGAUUGCACGAAAUACUACGUCUGCAAUCCUCACAAUGGAGCGUUCCAAUCAUUCACGUGCCCAUCCUUCACCGCUUUCAAUCCCGAAUCGCGUCUAUGUGACUCGAUGACUUAUAAAUCCUGUCAAAACAAUAAAGUGGUCAAUCCAAGCUCCGAAUCCACCGCCCUUCAGAGGCUUGUUCAACUCAAGCAGAAAAACCAACAGAAGGACGAAUCUUCGAAACUCAAAAGCGAACUAAAGACUGCUCAAAAAUACGUGGACCUCAUUAAAAAGGAAGCAUUCAAGAUAUUCAGUAGAACGAAGGACGAAACCGUUUCCAAUCCCAGUACCCUAGUAGCUUUACCCACCAUGAGCAGCAGCAGAAAUCCGAUGAUCGCUGUUCCGAUCAUCCAAAACAUCCCACAAACGAAACAACAGAUUCCUAAACCACCAAAUCGAAAAACCCAUCAAAAGAAGCGACCAGCUCACAACAAAACAUCCAAACCUCAUCAAAUUCGAUCGAAGCUAAGAAUCUCUCCCUCAACCACAACAACGACUACGUCAACUACUCCGGAACCUACAACUCCAACGCCGAAAGCCCCGCGAUGCAAACGCAACGGUAAAAUGCCGGAUCCGGCCGUCAAGAAUAACUACUACGUCUGCUACCAGUCCAGCCCGAAGAAGUUCAUCAAAACCCGGAUGGCCUGUCCGGCGAAGCUGGUCUACUGUAAAGAGUUGGAGCUUUGUAUGUUCGAAAAGGACUGUGCAAAGGCGCCGCCCGCCACCUAGGGAAUGGACCCCAGGACACCAAGAGGAACUGUCGAAGCUCGC